AUGGCCGAAGGAGGCGGCGAGGGGGAGGACGAUGUGCAGUUUCUGAGGACGGAUGAUGAAGUUGUCCUGCAGUGUUCAGCUGUAGUCUUCAACGAACAGCUGAAGUUAUGCCUGGCUACCGAAGGCUUUGGAAACCGGCUCUGUUUUCUGGAACCUACCUCUAAUGCUCAGAAAGUCCCUCCGGAUCUGGCAAUAUGUUGCUUCAGUCUGGAGCAAUCCUUGUCCGUACGAGCCCUGCAGGAAAUGCUGGCCAAUACUGUGGAAGCCGGCGUCGAGUCCUCACAAGGAGGUGGACACCGGACUCUGCUGUAUGGACACGCUAUUCUUCUCCGGCAUUCCCACAGCGGCAUGUAUUUAAGCUGCUUGACCACCUCGCGCUCCUUGACGGAUAAACUUGCCUUUGACGUGGGCCUUCAGGAAGAUGCUUCAGGGGAAGCCUGUUGGUGGACCAUCCACCCCGCCUCGAAGCAGCGGUCGGAGGGGGAGAAGGUGCGCGUGGGGGACGACCUCAUCCUCGUCAGCGUCUCCUCUGAGCGGUAUCUGCACUUGUCCACCGCUAGUGGAGAACUUCAGGCCGAUGCCUCCUUCAUGCAAACCCUUUGGAACAUGAAUCCUAUCAGUUCUGGCUGCGAGGAAGGGUGUGUGACUGGUGGCCAUGUCAUGCGCCUCUUCCACGGCCACAUGGAUGAAUGCCUCACCAUCUCCACCACGGACCAGAAUGAAGAGCAACGCAGGGUGGUGAACUAUGAAGGAGGGCCCGUCUGUUCCCAGGCUCGAUCCCUCUGGCGCCUGGAACCUCUGCGCAUCAGCUGGAGCGGCAGCCACAUGAAGUGGGGACAACCGUUUCGUGUCCGCCACGUCACCACGGGACGCUACUUGGCCCUGACUGAGGAGAAGGGGCUGGUUGUGGUGGACGCUGAGAAGGCCAACACCAAAGCAACAGCCUUCUGCUUCCGGGUUUCGAAGGAAAAGCUAGACGUGGCCCCGAAACGAGACGUGGAAGGCAUGGGCGCCCCGGAUAUCAAAUACGGAGAGUCCAUGUGCUUCGUGCAACACGUGGACAGCGGCCUCUGGGUGACCUACGCAGCUGCCGACGCCAAGGCCAUGCGCCUGGGUUUGCUCAAGAGAAGGGCCAUCCUGCAUCAGGAAGGGCACAUGGACGACGCCCUCUCGCUCACCCGCUGCCAGCAGGAACAGUCCCAAGCCGCCCGGAUGAUCUACAGCACAUCGGGGCUUUAUAACCAGUUCAUCAAAGGCCUGGACUCCCUGCUCGGGAAGGCCAAGCCCAGCACCCCGGUGACUCUUCCCAUCGAAGGGAUGAUCCUCAGUUUGCAGGAUCUCAUCAACUACUUCCAGCACCCGGAGGAAGAGCUCCAGCACGAAGAGAAGCAGACGAAGCUCCGUUCCCUAAAAAAUCGGCAGAAUCUCUUCCAGGAGGAGGGCAUGAUCACUCUCGUCCUGAACUGCAUCGACCGCCUCAACGUCUACAGCACGGCCGCGCACUUUGCCGAGUUCGCUGGGGAGGACGCGGCCGAGUCGUGGAAGGAGAUCGUCAACUUGCUCUACGAACUCUUGGCCUCGCUGAUCCGUGGGAACCGUUCCAACUGCGCCCUCUUUUCCAACAACCUGGACUGGCUGGUCAGCAAACUGGACCGACUGGAGGCGUCCUCUGGCAUUCUGGAGGUUUUGUAUUGUGUCCUCAUCGAAAGUCCAGAAGUGUUGAAUAUCAUCCAGGAAAACCACAUCAAGUCCAUCAUCUCUCUCCUGGACAAACAUGGACGCAACCACAAGGUGCUGGAUGUUCUCUGCUCUCUGUGUGUCUGCAACGGCGUGGCUGUCCGCUCCAAUCAAAACCUGAUCACCGAAAACCUGUUGCCGGGGAGAGAUCUUCUCUUGCAAACGAAGCUUAUUAAUUAUGUCACCAGCAUGCGCCCCAACAUCUUCCUGGGCACCCACGAAGGAUCCACCCAGUACAAGAAGUGGUAUUACGAGAUGAUUGUGGACUCGGUGGAGCCUUUUGUGACCGCCCAGGCCACGCAUAUGCGAGUCGGCUGGGCCAUGGCGGAAGGCUACAGCCCCUACCCAGGGGGUGGAGAAGGCUGGGGUGGCAAUGGCGUUGGGGAUGACCUCUACUCUUUCGGCUUUGAUGGUCUCCACCUGUGGUCAGGCCGCGUGGCUCGGGCCGUGGCGUCUCCCGGGCAGCACUUGCUGGGGGCAGACGACGUGGUGAGCUGCUGCCUGGACCUGAGCGUUCCCAGCAUCUCUUUCCGCAUUAACGGCUUCCCGGUGCAAGGCAUGUUUGAGAACUUCAACCUGGACGGGCUUUUCUUCCCCGUGAUCAGCUUCUCGGCCGGCAUCAAAGUGCGCUUCCUCCUGGGGGGUCGCCACGGAGAGUUCAAAUUCCUGCCGCCCCCAGGCUACGCUCCCUGCUACGAGGGUGUCCUCCCCCGGGAGAAGCUGCGUGUGGAGCCCAUCAAGGAGUACAAGCACGACAUCAACGGCAUCCGGAACCUCCUGGGGCCGACCCAGUCCUUGUCCCACACGUCCUUCACCCCCUACCCUGUGGAUACCGUCCAGAUCGUAUUGCCUCCACACCUUGAGAAAGUCCGGGAGAAAUUGGCAGAGAAUAUCCACGAACUGUGGGCCCUCACACGCAUCGAGCAGGGGUGGAUCUACGGGCCGGUCCGUGAUGACAACAAACACCUGCAUCCUUGUUUGUUGGAUUUCCACAGCCUUCCCGAGCCGGAGCGCAAUUAUAACCUUCAGAUGUCCGGGGAAACCCUCAAGACCUUGCUAGCUCUGGGCUGCCAUGUGGGGAUGGCGGAUGAGAAAGCCGAAGAGAACCUCAAGAAAACCAAGCUGCCUAAAACGUACAUGAUGUCCAACGGCUACAAACCAGCACCCUUGGAUCUCAACCACAUCAAGCUCACCCCAGCCCAGAACACCUUGGUGGACAAGCUGGCUGAGAACGGACACAACGUCUGGGCCAGGGACCGGGUCCAACAGGGCUGGACAUACAGCGUGGUGCAGGACAUCAAAAACAGGCGUAACCCCCGUCUGGUACCCUACCACCUCCUCGAUGAGAGGACCAAGAAGACGAACCGAGACAGCUUGCGGGAAGCGGUGCGGACCCUCCUUGGCUACGGAUACAACAUUGAACCCCCAGAUCAGGAAGCCAGUGAGGUUAGAAGUGAGGGCCGGCUGGAAAAAGUCCGCAUUUUCCGUGCCGAGCAGUUCUACGCGGUGAAGUCGGGCAAGUGGUACUUUGAAUUUGAGGCCGUCACCACUGGCGAGAUGCGGGUGGGGUGGGCCCGCCCGGAUGUGCGGCCGGACGUGGAGCUGGGAGCCGACGACCUCGCCUAUGUCUUCAACGGGCAUCGGGGUCAGCGUUGGCACCUAGGGAGUGAGCCUUUUGGUCGCCCGUGGCAACCGGGAGACGUGGUCGGAUGCAUGAUUGACCUGACGGAUAACCAUAUCAUGUUCACACUGAACGGCGAGAUGCUGAUCAGUGACUCGGGGUCAGAGCUAGCCUUCAAAGAAAUAGAGACCGAAAAUGGCUUCAUCCCAGUGUGCAGCUUGGGCCUGUCCCAGGUGGGAAGACUCAACUUGGGUCAAGAUGUCAGCAGCCUUCGCUAUUUCACCAUCUGCGGUCUUCAAGAAGGUUACGAACCCUUUGCGAUCAACACGAAGCGGGAAGUCACCAUGUGGUUCAGCAAAAGCUUGCCUCAGUUUUCCCCCGUGCCCGAUGAGCACCCUCACUACGAGGUCUCAAGGAUUGAUGGCACCGUGGACAACCCGCCGUGCCUAAAGCUGACGCACCGGACCUUCGGCUCCCAGAAUGCCGUUGUGGAACUCCUCUUCCUGCGUCUCAGUAUGCCAGUGGAGUUCCACGAAAAGUUCAAGAUCACCGCCGGCACCACUCCGCUCACUCAUGCGCUCACCAUCCCUGAAGAUGACGUCAAGGACGUUGACCUUGACUCCGAAUUUGAGCAGUUGAAGAAGACCGCCAGCCGCAAGGAAGCCGAGGAAGUCGAGAAGGAGAAACAAGGCCCAGGUUCCCCGGCCACCCAUAAGGAGUCGCCCAAAGAGAAUGAGAAAGAUUCCUCCAACGAGAAAAGCAGAGCCAAAAGAGGCUUCUUGUUCAAAGCCAAGAAAGCCACCACCCUCAUUACCCCUGCCCCCGUAGUCCCCACGGUACAUCGGCUUGAAAAGGAAGUGGUUCCCGAUGACCGGGAUGAUCCAGAAAUCAUCAUGAACACCACAACGUAUUACUACUCGGUCCGGAUAUUUGCAGGACAAGAGCCCACUACUGUCUGGGUAGGUUGGGUGACCCCCGAUUACCACCAGCAUGACAUGCACUUCGACCUCACGAAGGUGCGCAAUGUCACGGUCACCAUGGGCGACGACAAGGGAAACAUCCACGACAGCAUCAAGAGAAGCAACUGCUACAUGGUAUGGGGAGGGGAGUUUGUCAGCAGUACCCAGCAGACCCGAGUUAGCACGGUGGACCUGGUGAUCGGCUGCCUUCUUGAUUCGGCCACGGGGCUCAUGACAUUCACAGCCAACGGGAAAGAAGUCAACACCUUCUUCCAGGUGGAGCCCAACACAAAACUGUUCCCCGCCGUUGUCGCUCUCCCAACAAACCAGAAUGUCAUCCAAUUUGAACUGGGCAAACUGAAGAAUAUUAUGCCGAUAUCAGCUGCCAUGUUCCGGAGCGAGCGGAGAAACCCGGAGCCCCAGUGCCCACCUCGCCUUGCCAUCCAAAUGCUGGCCCCCAUGACGUGGAGCCGUAUGCCCAAUGAGUUUCUACGGGUGGACGUUGCUCGCUUCAGCGACCGCCAUGGCUGGAUGGUUGAGUGCCUGGAACCAAACAUAAUGAUGGCUCUCCACAUCCCAGAGGAGAACCGAUGUAUAGAUAUCCUGGAAUUGUCCGAGCGCCAAGACUUGUUGACGUUCCAUUCCCAUAGUCUGAAGUUGUACUGUGCCGUGUGCGCCUUGGGCAACAACCGGGUGGCCCAUGCCUUGUGUAGCCACGUGGACGAGUCGCAAUUGCUUUACACCAUCGAGAGCAACCACCUUCCAGGCCUGCUGCGUAGUGGCUACUACGACCUCCUUAUCAGCAUGCACCUGGAGUCGGCCAAGCGCUCCCGUCUCAUGAUGAACAGCGAGUUCAUUGUCCCCAUGACGGACGAGACCAAGAGAAUCACGCUCUUCCCGGACGGCAUGAAGAAACCGGGAUUGCCCGGGGUGGGCAUGAGCACCUGCUUACGUCCCCCGCUCCACUUCUCCGACACCUGUUUCGUCAGCACCAGCUCUGAGCUCUACCAGCUGAGUCCUUCCAUCCCGCUGGAUGCGCUGAAGGUGAAGGCCAUCAACAUGCUGACGGAAGCCGUCCAAGACGGAGGGCAACAUACCCGCGACCCUGUCGGGGGUAGCGUGGAGUUCCAGUUCGUGCCCGUUCUCAAGUUGGUCUGCACCCUCCUCAUCAUGGGUGUGUUUGAGGAUGAGGACGUGCGCCAUAUCCUCAAGAUGAUCGACCCCAGCGUCUUUGGGGAAUCCAAAGAGGAGGAAGAGGAGGAAGAGGAAGAAGCAGGAGAGGAAGAGGAGGAGGUGGAAGAAGAGGAGGAGGAGGAGAAAGAGGCUGGAGGGGAGCAGAAGGAAAAAGACGAAGAAGGAGAAAAGCAGGAGCUGAAGGCCAUUGAGGCUGGGGAAGCAGAAGCCAAAGAAGAUGAGGAAGGGCUGGAGGAAGGCCUGCUACAAAUGAAGCUUCCCGAAUCAGUCAAGUUGCAGAUGUGCAACCUGUUGCAGUUUUUCUGGGACCGCGAGCUACAGCACCGCGUGGAAGCCAUCAUUGCUUUCUCGGAGCGCUAUGUGGACAGGCUGCAGACCAACCAACGGCAGCGUUACGCUACGCUGAUGCAAGCCUUCACCAUGUCGGCUGCGGAGACCGCCAGGCGCACCCGGGAAUUCCGCUCUCCUCCCCAGGAGCAGAUCAACAUGCUGCUACAUUUUAAGAACGGUGCCGAUCUUGAGGAUUGCCCAGUACCUGAAGAGAUCCGAGAUGAAUUGUUGGAAUUUCAUAACGACCUGCUAGCCCAUUGUGGAAUCCAAAGCGAGGGGGAGGAGGAACAGGAAGAGGAAGAGACUUCCUUUCACCGUCGGUUGAUGAAUUUGGUGGAGAAGGUGGUGAACCUUCGCAAGAAAAAGGAAGACGACCAAGAUGAGCAGCCCCCGGAAGAGGAACCGAAGCCCAGCACUUUGCAAGAGCUGAUCUCCCACACAAUGGUCCAUUGGGCCCAAGAGUCCUUCGUCCAGAACCCAGAGCUAGUCCGCUUGAUGUUCAGCCUUCUCCAUCGGCAGUACGAUGGCCUCGGUGAGCUCAUCCGUGCUAUGCCCAAGGCUUAUACCAUCAAUGCCAACUCGGUGGAGGAUACCAUGAGUCUCCUGGAGUGCCUGGGGCAGAUCCGCUCACUGCUCAUCGUUCAGAUGGGACUUGAGGAGGAGAACCUGAUGAUCCAGAGCAUUGGCAAUAUAAUGAACAACAAAGUCUUCUACCAGCACCCCAACUUGAUGAGGGCCCUGGGAAUGCACGAGACUGUCAUGGAGGUGAUGGUGAACGUUCUGGGAGGAGGGGACUCAAAGGAGAUCCGCUUCCCUAAAAUGGUGACCAACUGUUGCCGCUUCUUGUGCUACUUCUGCCGCAUCAGUCGCCAGAACCAACGCUCCAUGUUUGACCAUCUCAGCUACCUGCUGCAGAAUAGCGGGAUCGGGCUGGGCAUGCGAGGAUCCACCCCCUUGGAUGUGGCUGCAGCUUCAGUCAUCGAUAACAAUGAGCUGGCCCUGGCUUUGCAGGAGCAAGAUCUGGAAAAGGUGGUGACCUACCUUGCUGGCACGGGCCUCCAAAGCUGUCCCAUGUUGCUCUCCAAGGGAUAUCCUGACAUUGGUUGGAACCCUUGCGGAGGCGAGCGUUACCUGGAUUUCCUGCGCUUCACCGUCUUCGUCAAUGGUGAGAGCGUGGAGGAGAACGCCAAUGUGGUGGUGCGUCUGUUGAUCCGUCGUCCUGAGUGCUUUGGCCCGGCCCUGCGUGGGGAAGGGGGCAACGGCUUGCUGGCGGCCAUAGAAGAAGCCAUCCAGAUCUCUCAGGAUCCUGCCCGGGAUGGGCCGACCGUCAAGAAAGAUCGCCGGAGGGAAUUAUUUGGGGGAGAAGAAGCCCACGAGGAGUACAGAGUCCAUUUGGGCAACACCAUCAUGUCCUUCUACGCUGCCCUCAUUGAUUUGCUGGGACGCUGCGCCCCCGAGAUGCACCUCAUCCAAGCUGGGAAGGGGGAAGCCCUCCGGAUCAGAGCCAUCUUGCGUUCCUUAGUGCCCAUCGAAGACCUUGUUGGAGUCAUCAGCCUCCCGCUGCAGAUCCCUUCGUUUGGCAAAGAUGGCAGUGUCAUUGAACCCAAGAUGUCCGCCAGCUUCGUGCCUGACCACAAGUCACCCAUGGUGUUGUUCCUGGACCGUGUGUACGGCAUCGAGAACCAAGACUUCCUCCUCCAUGUCCUGGAAGUAGGUUUUCUGCCUGACAUGAGAGCUGCGGCCUCCUUGGACACAGCGUCCUUUAGCACCACGGAGAUGGCUUUGGCCAUGAACCGCUACCUCUGCCUGGCUGUGCUACCACUCAUCACCAAAUGCGCCCCUCUCUUUGCCGGCACUGAACACCGGGCUAUCAUGGUGGACUCCAUGUUGCACACCAUCUACCGGCUGUCUCGGGGCCGCUCCCUCACCAAGGCGCAGCGUGACGUCAUUGAAGAGUGCCUCAUGGCGCUGUGCAAGUUUAUAAGGCCUUCCAUGCUCCAGCAUCUUCUCCGCCGGCUGGUAUUUGAUGUGCCUAUCCUCAAUGAAUUUGCCAAAAUGCCUCUCAAGCUGUUGACCAACCAUUACGAGCGUUGCUGGAAAUAUUACUGCCUUCCCACCGGUUGGGCCAACUUUGGGGUCAGCUCAGAGGAGGAACUUCACCUCACACGGAAACUCUUCUGGGGCAUCUUUGAGUCAUUGUCCCAUAAGAAAUUUGACUCCGAUCUCUUCAAGCUGGCCAUGCCCUGCUUGUGUGCCAUCGCUGGCGCCAUCCCUCCUGACUACGUGGAUGCCAGCUAUUCUUCGAAAACCGAAAAGAAGGCUUCGGUGGACGCCGAGGGCAACUUUGACCCUAAACCAGUGGAAACACUAAAUGUCAUCAUUCCAGAGAAGUUGGACUCCUUCAUCAACAAGUAUGCGGAGUACACGCAUGAGAAAUGGGCCUUUGACAAGAUUCAGAACAACUGGUCCUUUGGGGAGGCCGUGGACGAGCAGGCCAAGACCAACCCUAUGUUGCGUCCUUACAAAACGUUCUCCGAGAAGGACAAGGAAAUCUACCGAUGGCCCAUCAAGGAGUCCCUGAAGGCCAUGAUUGCUUGGGAGUGGAUGGUCGAGAAGGCCCGCGAGGGCGACGAGGAGAAAACGGAGAAGAAAAAAACCCGCAAAAUCUCACAGACCGCCCAGGUCUACGACCCCAGCCAUGGUUACAAUCCUCAGCCAAUGGAUCUAUCUGCAGUGACCCUCUCCAGGGAACUACAGGCCAUGGCAGAACAGUUGGCUGAGAACUACCACAACACCUGGGGACGCAAGAAGAAGUUAGAGCUGGAGAGCAAAGGAGGUGGAACCCACCCCUUACUGGUGCCGUAUGACACGCUGACGGCCAAGGAGAAGGCCCGGGACCGGGAAAAAGCUCAGGAGCUGCUUAAAUUCCUCCAGCUCAAUGGCUACGCGGUGACUCGGGGUCUGAAGGACAUGGAGUUGGACACGUCAUCCAUUGAGAAGCGCUUCGCCUUUGGAUUCCUGCAGCAGCUGCUGAAAUGGAUGGACAUCUCUCAAGAAUUCAUCGCCCACCUGGAUGCUGUGGUGAGCAGCGGACGAGUAGAGAAGUCCCCACAUGAACAGGAGAUCAAGUUCUUCGCCAAGAUCCUGCUGCCCCUCAUCAACCAGUACUUCACCAACCACUGCCUCUACUUCCUGUCCACCCCGGCCAAGGUCCUGGGCAGCGGAGGCCACGCCUCCAACAAGGAGAAAGAGAUGAUAACCAGCCUUUUCUGCAAAUUGGCAGCCCUGGUCAGGCACCGGGUCUCACUCUUUGGUACCGAUGCUGCUGCUGUGGUUAAUUGCCUUCACAUCCUGGCUCGGUCCUUGGAUGCCAGGACAGUCAUGAAAUCAGGCCCUGAAAUUGUCAAGGCGGGGCUGCGCUCCUUCUUCGAAAGUGCCUCCGACGACAUUGAGAAGAUGGUGGAGAACCUCAAGCUUGGCAAAGUCUCCCAAUCCCGCACUCAAGUCAAGGGCGUGGGGCAGAACAUCACCUACACCACCGUGGUCCUCUUGCCCGUCCUCACCUCCCUCUUCGAACACAUCGCCCAGCACCAGUUUGGGGACGAUGUCAUGUUGGAUGAUGUCCAGGUCUCCUGCUACCGAACUCUGAGUAGUAUCUACUCCCUGGGGACAACCAAAAAUCCAUAUGUGGAGAGGCAGAGGCCCCAACUUGGAGAAUGCUUGGCACGGCUGGCAGCGGCGAUGCCUGUGGCUUUCCUGGAGCCGCAUAUCAACGAAUUCAACCCUUGUUCUGUUUAUACCACCAAGUCCCCGAGAGAGAGAGCCAUCUUAGGCCUACCGAACUGUGUGGAGGAGAUGUGUCCAGAUAUUCCAGUCCUGGAGAAGCUGAUGAAGGACAUCAAUGGGCUGGCGGAGUCGGGGGCUCGCUAUACCGAAAUGCCCCACGUAAUCGAGGUCACCUUACCGAUGCUUUGCAAUUACCUGCCCCGUUGGUGGGAGAGAGGUCCGGAGACCAACGCGCAGGGUCCUUGGUGCACGGAAGUGACCUCUAACCAGCUCAACACCUUGCUGGGGAACAUCCUGAAGAUCAUCGUCAGCAACCUGGGCAUAGACGAAGCAUCUUGGAUGAAGCGGUUGGCAGUCUUUGCACAGCCCAUUGUCAGCAAGGCCAAGCCCGAAUUGCUCCGUUCCCAUUUCAUCCCCACCAUGGAGAAGCUGAAGAAGCGCUCCGGGAAAGUGGUGGCGGAGGAAGAACAGCUGCGGCUGGAGGCCAAGUCCGAAUCGGAAGACACCGAGCUUCUCAUCCGGGAUGAGUUUUCGGUGCUGUGCCGCGACCUCUACGCCCUCUACCCGUUGCUGAUCCGCUACGUGGACAACAACAGGGCCCACUGGUUGACCGAGCCCAACUCGGACGCUGAGGAACUGUUCCGGAUGAUUGGGGAAAUCUUUAUUUAUUGGUCCAAGUCCCAUAAUUUUAAGCGAGAAGAGCAAAACUUCGUCGUUCAGAACGAAAUCAACAACAUGUCCUUCCUGACAGCCGACAGCAAAAGCAAAAUGUCGAAGUCAGGCGGCUCGGACCAGGAACGGCACAAGAAGAAACGCCGAGGGGACCGCUAUUCCGUACACACGUCCCUCAUCGUGGCCACGCUGAAGAAGAUGCUUCCCAUCGGCCUGAACAUGUGUUCCCCAAACGACCAAGAGCUGAUCACCCUGGCCAAGCUGCGCUACGCAUUGAAAGACACCGAUGAAGAGGUGCGUGAAUAUCUCAACAACAACCUUCAUCUUCAAGGCAAGUGUGAUAAUUCCUGCUCCAUGCGCUGGCAGAUGGCCCUCUACAAGGAAAUGGCUGGGAAGGCCGAGGACUGCAACAAGCCAGAGAAGAUUGUCAAACGGGUUCAAGAAGUCUCUGCUGUGCUCUACCACCUGGAACAGUUAGAGCACCCGUACAAAUCCAAGAAAGCCGCGUGGCACAAAUUGCUCUCCAAGCAACGGCGUCGCGCAGUGGUUGCGUGCUUCCGCAUGACACCCCUCUAUAACCUGCCCAGGCAUCGGGCUUGCAACAUGUUCCUGGAGAGCUACAAGUAUUCCUGGAUCUUCAGUGAAGAGCAUCCCUUUGAAGACAGAAUGAUUGACGAUCUGUCUAAACCUGGGCCGCAGGAAGAGGAAGAGGAAGAGGAGCAGGAAAAGAAGCCGGAUCCUCUGCAUCAGCUCAUUCUCCAUUUUAGCAGGACAGCGUUAACAGAAAAGAGCAAACUGGAUGAAGAUUAUCUGUACAUGGCCUACGCUGACAUCAUGGCCAAGAGCUGUCACAUUAAUGAAGGAGAAGAAGGUGAUGGGGAAGAGGAAGAAGAAGUGCCUUUUGAGGAAAAGGAGAUGGAGAAGCAGAAGCUUUUGUACCAACAAUCCCGACUUCACAAUCGCGGAGCAGCUGAGAUGGUGCUGCAAAUGAUUAGCGCAUGUAAAGGGGAGCCUGGAGACAUGGUCUCCUCCACUCUGAAAUUGGGCAUUUCCAUCCUCAAUGGUGGCAAUGAGGAGGUGCAACAGAAAAUGCUGGAUUAUCUGAAGGAGAAACGUGAGGUGGGAUUCUUCCAGAGUGUCCAAGCACUAAUGCAAACCUGCAGCGUGCUGGACCUCAAUGCCUUUGAGAGGCAAAACAAGGCCGAAGGACUUGGGAUGGUAACAGAAGAAGGGACAGUCAUCAGUCGUGAAAAUGGAGAGAAGGUGAUGGCCGAUGACCUGUUCACCCAGGACCUCUUUCGGUUCCUGCAACUCCUUUGCGAAGGACACAAUAACGACUUCCAGAAUUAUCUGCGGACCCAGACUGGCAACACCACCACCAUCAACAUCAUAAUCUGCACUGUUGACUACCUUCUGCGACUUCAGGAGUCCAUCAGUGAUUUUUACUGGUAUUAUUCAGGCAAGGACGUGAUCGACGACCAGGGCAAACGCAACUUCUCCAAAGCGAUAGCCGUCGCCAAGCAGGUCUUCAACAGCCUCACCGAAUACAUCCAGGGCCCUUGCACUGGGAACCAGCAGAGUUUAGCACAUAGUAGAUUGUGGGAUGCAGUCAUUGGUUUCCUUCACGUCUUUGCUCACAUGAUGAUGAAACUGGCUCAGGAUUCCAGCCAGAUUGGGCUUCUGAAGGAGCUGUUGGACCUUCAAAAGGACAUGGUGGUGAUGCUGCUUUCUCUGCUGGAAGGAAACGUGGUGCACGGCACCAUCGCCCGGCAGAUGGUGGACAUGUUGGUGGAGUCCUCCAGCAACGUGGAGAUGAUCCUCAAGUUCUUCGACAUGUUCUUGAAACUCAAGGACAUUGUGGCCUCGGAUGCCUUCCGCGACUACAUCACAGAUCCGCGGGGCCUCAUCUCCAAGAAGGAUUUCCAGAAGGCCAUGGACAGUCAGAAGCAAUACACGCCGUCGGAGAUCCAGUUCCUCCUCUCCUGCUCAGAGGCCGAUGAGAACGAGAUGAUUGACUACGAAGAGUUUGCCAACCGUUUCCAGGAGCCCGCCAAAGACAUUGGCUUCAACAUUGCUGUGCUGCUGACAAACCUCUCGGAGCACAUGCCUCACGACGCCCGCCUGAAGACCUUCCUGGAACUGGCUGAAUGCAUCCUCAACUACUUCAAUCCCUACCUGGGCCGCAUUGAGAUCAUGGGUGCCAGCAAACGCAUUGAACGCAUCUACUUUGAGAUCAGCGAGGCCAAUAAGACCCAGUGGGAGAUGCCUCAGGUCAAGGAAUCCAAGAGGCAGUUCAUCUUCGACGUGGUGAACGAAGGAGCCGAGUCGGAGAAGAUGGAGCUCUUCAUCAACUUCUGUGAGGACACCAUCUUUGAGAUGCAGAUCGCCUCCCAGAUUUCAGAGGAGGAAGGAGAGGCAGUGGAAGAGGUGGAGGAAGAAGCAGAAAGCACCGAAAGUGGGGAAGCCGAGAGUGCGUCGGCGCCUUCAGAGGCGUCUUCGGUCUUUGGGGAGUUUCUGGAGAGCAUCCUGAAUUUCUUCCACUUGUUCACCUACCGUAACAUCCGCCGACAGUUCCGCAAAGUCAAGAAGAUGACGGUCAAGGAGAUGGCCGUGGGAGUGGCCACCUUCCUUUACACCAUCUUAAUGGGCAUCCUUGUCUUCUUCUACAGCAUCCUCAAGGGCUUCUUCCUGCUCAUCUGGAGCACCCUCUUUGGCGGUGGCUUGGUGGAGGAGGCCAAGAAGCUCACCAUGACCGAACUGUUGGCCAGCAUGCCUGACCCAACUCAGGAUGAGGUUCAUGGAGACGUGGCUCCUUCUGACGAAGAGGAGCAGGCGACGGAAGAAGGAGAAGAAAUCAGUAUCGUGGAGCCCGGCAAGGAGGAAGCAACUGUGGAAGGUGGAGAAGGUUUUGGAGCGGAUCCAAAGAAAGAGCAUUUCCGUUCAACGGCCGCUGAUGCGCCGGGCGGGCUUGGAGAUAUGGGGGACACCACCCCAGUGGAACCUCCCACCCCUGAAGGGACACCCAUCCUCAAGAGGAAAUUGGUAUGAUUGGGGCUUGACGGGGCGGAGGAUGAGUCGUAUAUGGAGCUGGAGAAGAUCGAGGAACCCCCAGCAGAACCAGAGAAAGCUGAUGCGGAAAACGGGGAGAAGGCUGCCAAGGAAGAAGAGAAGAAGAAAGAGGAGGAGAAAGAACACAAGGAGGAAGAGCCGCCAUCACCGCCACCAAAGAAAGAGGAAGAACAGGGAGUCUCAGAGUUUUGGAACGAGAUGGAGAUCCAGAGGAUCAAAUUCCUGAAUUACCUGUCCAGGAAUUUCUACAACCUGCGCUUCCUGGCCCUCUUCCUGGCCUUUGCCAUCAACUUCAUCUUGCUCUUCUAUAAGGUGUCGGACACGCCACCUGGUGAAGAAGAGUUUGAGGGCUCUGGUCUUGAAGGCGAUCUGGACGCAGGAUCUGGGGCAGGCUCCGGCUUCGGCGGUGAUGACAACGGUGGCAACGGGGACGGCAACGGGGACGAGGACGAAGAAGACAGCGUGGUCUACUUCUUCCUGGAGGAGAGCACGGGCUACAUGCAGCCAGCCUUACAAUUCCUGUCCAUCGUCCACACCCUGGUAGCCUUCCUCUGCAUCAUCGGCUACAACUGUCUCAAAGUGCCAUUGGUCAUCUUCAAGCGCGAGAAGGAGCUGGCCCGUACGUUGGAGUUUAGCGGGCUGUACAUCACGGAGCAACCGGAGGAUGACGACAUCAAAGGCCAGUGGGAUCGUCUGGUGCUCAACGCUCCGUCCUUCCCGAGCAAUUAUUGGGAUAAGUUCAUCAAAAGAAAGGUUCUAGACAAAUACGGCGACAUCUACGGGCGAGAAAGGAUCGCGGAACUUUUGGGCAUAGAUUUGGCCAGCCUGGAAAUCUCAGCCCAAAAUGAAAAGAAAUCAGAGCCGGACACGUCGUUCUUGGCUUGGAUUAGUUCCAUUGACAUUAAGUACAAGAUUUGGAAACUUGGCGUCAUCUUCACGGAUAACUCCUUCCUUUAUCUCUUCUGGUACAUGGUGAUGUCCGUGCUUGGCCAUUACAACAACUUCUUCUUCGCUUGCCAUCUUCUGGACAUUGCCAUGGGCGUCAAGACCUUAAGGACCAUCCUGUCCUCUGUCACCCACAAUGGCAAACAGCUGAUGAUGACCGUGGGGUUGCUGGCAGUGGUUGUCUACCUUUACACCGUGGUGGCCUUCAACUUCUUCCGCAAGUUCUACAACAAGAGCGAGGACGAGGACGAACCAGACAUGAAGUGUGAUGAUAUGAUGACGUGUUACCUCUUCCAUAUGUAUGUCGGAGUGAGAGCCGGUGGCGGCAUCGGGGAUGAGAUUGAAGAUCCAGCUGGAGACGAAUAUGAGCUCUACCGCGUGAUCUUUGAUAUCACCUUCUUCUUCUUUGUCAUUGUCAUCUUGUUGGCUAUCAUCCAAGGUUUGAUCAUUGAUGCCUUUGGGGAGCUGAGAGACCAACAGGAGCAAGUGAAGGAGGACAUGGAGACCAAAUGUUUCAUCUGUGGGCUUGGCAGUGACUAUUUUGACACGACGCCCCACGGCUUUGAGACCCACACGUUAGAGGAGCACAACCUGGCAAAUUACAUGUUCUUCCUGAUGUAUCUCAUCAAUAAGGAUGAAACGGAGCACACUGGCCAGGAAUCCUACGUCUGGAAAAUGUACCAAGAGCGCUGUUGGGAUUUUUUCCCGGCUGGAGACUGCUUCCGGAAACAGUAUGAAGACCAGCUCGGCUAG